CAGCCCCGCGCCAAGAGUGUCAACUUCAACCCCCAGCUCCACCACCUGCACCUCCCCGCCCGCUUCCCUUCCCUCCGCCCACUCGGAUCCGGAAAACCCUAACCCUAGACAUCGCCCGGCUGCCGCCAUGGACCCCGACGGCGACCCGGCGUUCCACCGCAACGAGGCCAUCUCCGCGGUCCAGGACGUCGACCAGUACUACGGCGACGACGACGACUUCGACGACCUCUACAACGACGUCAACGUCGGGGACGGCUUCCUCCACGCCUCCCACCAGGCGCCGCCGCCUCCGACUCAGCAAGCACCUCCGCCACAGCAGCACCAGCACCAGCAGCAACAGCUCCCUCCGCCGCCCCAGCAGCCGCAGCCGCAGCAGCAGCUGCAUCCGCCGGCCCACACCCUCCCGCCACCGCCGCCGCAGGUCCCACCGCCACAGCAGCAGGUACGCAUCCCGGGGGUGGCCGUCCCUGGUCCUGGCAUUCCUCCCGGCCAGACCAGCCUCCCUCCGCCGCCUCAGCCGCCGGCCGCGCCCGCGCCGCCGCCGCCUCAGCACCACCAGAUUCAUCAAGGAGAUGGGAUCAACCGCCCUGGAGGAAACUUCGCCGGCGGCCCCAUCGUGGUCGGGAACGGUGGCCCUGCUGGCGGGGGUGACGGCCCUGGCGGCACCACGCUGUUCGUGGGGGAACUCCACUGGUGGACGACGGAUGCGGAUCUGGAAUCUGAGCUCAGCAAGUAUGGUCCGGUCAAGGAGGUGAGGUUCUUCGACGAGAAGGCUAGUGGCAAGUCCAAGGGCUACUGCCAGGUCGAUUUCUAUGACCCUGGUGCAGCUGCUGCCUGCAAGGAGGGCAUGAACGGGCAUGCGUUUAAUGGCCGUCCAUGUGUUGUGGCAUUCGCCACACCGAACUCCGUUCGCCGCAUGGGCGAGGCGCAGGUGAAGAACCAGCAAGCUAUGGCUGCACAGACAUCGAAUAUGCAGCCGAAGGGCGGUAGAGGGGGUGGUGGUGCCGCAGGGCCCCAGGUGGGUGGUAAUUAUGGUGGUGGCCGUGGAGGAGCCAUUGGACCUGGUGCCGGUGGUGGAGCAGGUGGAGGUGGUGGAAAUUGGGGAAGAGGUGGAGGAGGCAUGGGGAAUAGAGGCCCUGUUGGUAAUAUGAGGAAUAGGAUGGGCCCAGCUGGUGGCGGCCGUGGGAUAAUGGGGAAUGGGGGGAUGGUUGCACCACCACCACCAAUGAUGCCGCCCGGUGGAAUGCUGGGGCAGGGUUUUGAUCCUGCUGGUUACGGUGCUAUGGGAAGGAUGGGUGGAGGAUUUGGCGGUUUUCCUGGUGGACCAGGGGCUAUGCCAUUCCCUGGGCUGAUGCAACCAUUCCCGCCGGUUGUUGCUCCACAUGUUAACCCAGCUUUCUUUGGUCGGGGCGGAAUGGGUGCUGGUGGAAUGUGGCCUGAUCCCAACAUGGGAGCCUGGGGUGGGGAGGAACAAUCAAGUUACGGGGAUGACGCAGCUUCUGAUCAGCAGUAUGGAGAAGGAGGGAGCCAUGGGAAAGAGAGGCCACCAGAGAGGGAGUGGUCUGGUGCACCAGAGAGGAGGCGUGAAAGGGAGAAGGAUGCGCCCCCUGCACAGGAGUGGCCAGAGAGGAGGCACCGGGAUGAGCGUGACAUGGACCGAGAGAGGAAUCGUGACUAUGACAGAGACAGGGAAAGAGACCGUGACAGGGAAAGAGACCGAGACCGAGACAGGGAGAGGGACAGAGAUAGGGAGAGAGAGAGGGAGAGGGAGAGAGAGAGGCAUCGGGAUGACAGAGAUCGCUAUGGCGAUUAUCACAGGCACAGGGAUCGUGAUUCAGAACGUAAUGAGGACUGGGACAGGGGGAGGUCUUCUGGGAUACGCAGCAGGUCAAGGGAGGCUGACCACUCUAAGCGCAGGCGGAUGACACCUCAGUAGUCAUAGCUGGGUGAGCUACUAAUGUUGAGGCAAACGAUGAUCCAGAGCCAUGUCUUACUUACACACUGGCGUGGUUAACAGCUAGCAUCUUCUUACUGCUUCUGGCUGUGGUGGUUCUAAUAUCUUGUGUCUCCGGCGAUGUGUUGUAGCAAGAAUGUGAGAUGAAUGGUUGGUUGGAACCUAUUCAGCUGUGUGAAGGACUUCCCUGGAUGAUAAGUUGUUGCCUCUUAUUGUAUGCUAUGUUAAAUGGCGAGUUUCCCAAAGACAUAAGGAUCUAUUUUUGUGUGUAAUUCGGGACCGAUGCUUUUUGCAAUGUUGUUGUUGAAGAGUGUACUAUUUCUGUUGUAGCCUUUGUAGGGUGAUGAUAAACCAGUCUUUGUUACGACUGUCCUUUGAUCAUCCUUCCUCUGUUGGUAAUAGACAAAUGGUUGACAUUCUUGAGGUUUAUCCUACCUGAGAUAACUGAUAGGCAGAUAGCUGCUUCCUGGUUAAAGUUUUGUGGUGGAAAAGGUGAGAAUUCAGAUCCAAGGCAGGCAUCAUGCUCCACUGAUUUCAUGGUGGAAGGUUGGUUGGUGCAGUUGUUGAAUUCAAGCUAUAAAUAAACUCAUCUAAUAUCUGUUCGGUUUUGUUAUGUAUGCCCAUGUUUACAUAACCAUGUGGUUUUAUUAAGUGUUGAAUUUGAAUA